GCUGGCAGCAAGACAUACUUCUGACUGCAGAUUUUUUUUCAGAUUUACAGACCCUGUCUGCAGAUAUUUGAAAUUUUUACCUGGCAUCUCUGGCAGUACACGACGUCUUCAAAACAGUAUAAACCGUCGGUGAGUCUGGUGGUGCGUUUCUUUGUCGAGUCUGUCCGAAUUUCUCACCGCUGGUAAUUGGUAGCAGUGUUCGGCGGAUGUCGUAUUAGUUCAGUUUUUGGUGCUAAAUAACAAAGUUGGUGAAACUAUUGAUCCCGUGAAUUUGACAAAAAAGUCGUUCAGAAAUGCAGUCCCAUAGCAAGAAACGCGUCUGCUACUACUAUGACAGUGAUAUCGGUAACUACUACUAUGGCCAAGGACAUCCCAUGAAGCCGCAUCGGAUACGGAUGACGCACAAUCUACUGCUUAAUUAUGGGCUAUACCGGAAAAUGGAGAUAUAUAGACCACAUAAAGCGACAGCUGACGAGAUGACCAAGUUCCAUUCGGACGAUUACAUUCGAUUCCUGCGAUCGAUUCGUCCUGACAACAUGUCCGAGUACAACAAACAGAUGCAAAGAUUUAAUGUCGGUGAAGAUUGUCCAGUGUUCGAUGGGUUGUACGAGUUCUGUCAGCUUUCGGCGGGAGGCUCGGUGGCAGCCGCCGUCAAGUUGAACAAACAGGCUUCGGAGAUCUGCAUCAACUGGGGCGGUGGUCUGCAUCAUGCCAAAAAAUCAGAGGCUUCCGGUUUUUGUUACGUAAAUGAUAUCGUGCUGGGCAUCCUGGAACUACUCAAGUACCACCAGCGGGUGCUGUAUAUCGACAUUGACGUACACCACGGGGAUGGCGUGGAGGAGGCUUUCUACACUACCGAUCGGGUGAUGACGGUGAGCUUCCACAAGUACGGUGAAUACUUCCCCGGAACGGGAGAUCUGCGAGACAUCGGUGCCGGCCGAGGAAAGUACUAUGCGGUGAAUAUUCCGUUGCGAGAUGGAAUGGAUGACGAGUCGUACGAGUCUAUCUUCGUGCCGAUUAUUUCGAAGGUCAUGGAAACAUUCCAACCGUCGGCGGUGGUGCUCCAGUGCGGUGCUGAUUCGCUAACCGGCGAUCGGCUCGGAUGCUUCAAUCUUACCGUCAAAGGGCACGGCAAGUGUGUCGAGUUUGUGAAAAAGUACAACCUGCCCUUCCUGAUGGUGGGCGGUGGUGGCUAUACGAUCCGGAACGUUUCGCGCUGCUGGACCUACGAAACAUCGGUGGCGCUGGGUUCGGAAAUUGCUAACGAACUGCCGUACAACGAUUACUUCGAGUACUUUGGGCCGGACUUUAAGUUACACAUCAGUCCGAGCAACAUGAGCAAUCAGAACACGACGGAGUAUCUGGAGAAGAUCAAGAAUCGGUUAUUCGAAAACUUGCGAAUGCUGCCACAUGCCCCGGGCGUUCAGGUGCAGGCCAUCCCGGAGGAUGCGGUCAACGAUGAGAGCGAAGACGAAGACAAGGUGGACAAGGACGAACGGUUACCACAGUCCGACAAGGACAAGCGGAUAGUGCCGGACAAUGAGUUUUCCGACUCGGAAGAUGAAGGCGAAGGAGGCCGUCGGGAUAAUCGAUCCUACAAGGGAGGAGCUCGGAAGCGGCCACGAUUGGAGAAAGAACCCAAAUCAGAGGAGGUCAAAGAUGAGAUGGAAGUGAAAGUGGAAUCCGCUGGUGAUAAGGAGGAAACAAAAGCGACCGAAGAACCGAAAAAGGAAACCACGGCCGUUGCAUGAUCGGUGUUGGCCGCAUACCGGAAAUAACCCGACAGUGUGUAGCAUGAUUCAGUGAUCAUUCGUCAUGAGUUAAAGACACCGUAACAUGCCCACACACACACACACACACGCAUGCUAACUCAGAAGCAUAUACAACACAGAACAGUAGAUCAAUUGAUUCCGCAAUCGUCGUCGAUAUUUGGAAGUCCUAGAACAAACUGGGUGUGUGUAUGUUUGUGGGUCAGCAUGGUUGUUUUUGAUACGUAGAAUUAAAAGGCUUUAAUUUUAAGAGAUGAAUAGGACAACAUGAAUUUUUGAAAUUCUGGAACAAUAAUGAUGUAGGCCCAUAGUUCCAUACCGAACUAGCAACCGUAUCGCACUUGUUUUCUCUAUCAUUGACGAAUAACUGAUCGAUAGUUAGAAUGGAAAUCAUUGUUUAUAAAUCAUCGGACAAUUUUUAGCAACCACACCCAAGCACACAAAAUAAACAGAAAUUCACAAAAUAAAACAUGAUCUCAGGAACGGUAACAAACGUUUUCUUUUAUUUAUUCACAUUUUUCGCGUCUUAGUUUUUUAGUUAGAAAAAAUGGAUGGAAUGAAAGAUAUCUUCGAUCAGUUCCCACAAACAUGGCUGAGCUUUCACUAUUUCUCGAUGGGUUUUCCAUUGUGAAUGACGAAUUAUUACCAAUAAUAGCAAGACAAAACUUGUAACAUGAUCGUACAUUUAGUAACCAAUGUAUUCACCGAUGGCAAGGAAAUUACCUAUAAUUAGACUAAAACUAACAAUAACUCGCUUUGCGAAGUAUUAAAGAUAAAUUAAGACAUUAAAAACUGAACUAAUCCA